AUGUCUACAACUCGCGCAGUCCGACGUCAACGAGGGACCAUAAACAAGAGGGCUUGUGAGAAUUGUCGAAGGCUGAAGAUCAGAUGUGAUGGAGAUUCAGCAAAAAGUAUUGAUUGUUCAAAUUGCGACGCCGGAACUUGCGUUUAUGAUAAAUCACCCCGUAAGAAUCGACAAGUCGAAAAACUAAGCAAUCAGGUUAGCAAUCUUGAAGCAAAUCUAGAAAGGAUUCAAAAUGAUUUGCAGCAACAAACCAACAGAUCGAAUCACAUCAUUACCGUACUCAAGUUAGAGAAGGAAAUUCAAGGCCUAUUAUAUAAUUGCCAAAAUUAUUUUAAUGACUGUCACGAGAAUCAAAUUGUUUUUGAACAGUUGAACCAAAUCAUUGCAAAGAGUCAAUGUUGGUCAAUCUUGUUGCCCUUAGUGAGAGAAUUGCUAAUUAGAUUGUCUCAAAAUACAGAGCCGAUUUCCAUCAUCAAUACUUUGAGAAUGAUCUCGGAGAACACCAUGAAAUUCUGUCAACCAGAUUCAUCAUUUAACCCGAUGACAAACCCACCUCCAGAGCUAGCAGAUCUCAUACCGUCUGCCACCACCAUCUCAUAUAACAGCAACGUGAGUUCAUCGAGUGAACUCAUACCCGAGCCUAUAUCACCCGCCUAUUCGAUUCCCACAACCAUCUCAAAUGUCCCGAGUCCGACGGUGAUGAUAAAUAUAUCUCCAAUCAGCGCCGGAUCGGAAGCUGUUACCCAGUACUUUGACAACCUGGACAUAAACGACUUCUUUUAUUUCAACGGAAUGGAAUGA